GUAUGUCUGCUAAGCAAGACGAUAGCGUGAAAGGCGUGGACUCUUCUGAUAAUAAUGCUGAUCUGGACAAUAAUCAGUUGAUUGAAACGGCUGUUAAAUUUCUUCGAAAUCCUAAGGUACAGAAGACGCCGAUCAGCCAACGGAAAGCAUUUCUUAAGAAGAAAGGUCUUUCCGACGAGGACAUAGAGAAGGCAAUACAAGUAUCUGGUGUCAGUAGUCAUCACUACGAGCAUUCUCAUUUACUGGUUCCUCCUCCGGUUCCUUUGCCACCUCAAGGAUAUCGAUUUCAAGAUUUUGUUCUUACUUCAUUGUUAGCAGGAGGAGUGGCAUAUGGUCUUUAUGCUCUAGUCAAGCACUGGAUUAUACCACGAUUUAUGCCACGUCUUCAAGCGAGAGAAGAACAAAAGGAUCGUGUGGAUAGUCUGGAGAGAUGUGUUAGUACUCUACAGGCUAGCAAUGAUCAGACAUUGCAGAAGUUGCAGACCACUCUUUCUGGAAUUCAGGAGUUGCUAACAAGACAGGAGAGAACUCUGGAAAGUGUAACACAAGAAGUCACUUCUUUACAGAGGGGAGUUACAAAUGGUGCUGAGAUCUACGCUGUCCAGGAAUUGAAGUCAGAAAUAAUGUCAUUGAAAGGGCUGAUGCUCAACAGGAGUCAGUUCGCUCCUCCUCCUCGACUGUCUCCUCUCAAUUCAGGACGAACGGCCAUACCAUCUUGGCAAAUCUCGAAGCCUGAGGCUAACGCAUCCAGUAAACAAUUGACAGAAGAGGAAAAACUAGAGACAAACCAAACGAGUAUGAAAGCCAACAACGACAAUGAAGAAGAGAGCGAACACGAUGCCACAGUCGGUGAUGUAUCACUCAUGGACUCGGCUGUCGAACGAUCCGCUACCGACCAACAAUCGCAUUCGGCUGAGACACAAAAGGAAGACACUUUAUAGCGAUACAGUACCACCUUUAUCACACACAAUAGCGUGGAAAUAUUUGCUAAUUAUAAUUUGAUAAUUAUAAUUGAAAUUAAUUAAGGAUUUCGAGGUUCACUUGUACUAUUGUUGUGUAUAUGUAUGAGUUUGAUCAGACUUGGCUAGGAACAACUACAGUAACAUAUGAAACUACUAGCAAGUCGAACCACAUAGAAAAUGC